AGUAUUUGGUGCUGUUUGAGAAUUAAAAGCUGUAAUAAUGCGAUUUAAAAUUAAAAAAGAAGUUCCACUUGAAUUCAUAGUUCGCCGCUGGAGUAGGUUUUGUUAGGAUGUAUAAUUUUCACUCGAAGAUAUGCUGAUCAAAAAAAGGUUAUUUUUCCUGCACAGUACGAUUCUGAGACUGAGAGCAUCGCGAAUGAAAGUAAACGUGUUAAAAAUUGAUAAGAUGAAACUGGUAAAAAUAGGAAAGUGGUUGACGUUAUUGAUGAUAAUUUCAGCAGUGAUACUAAUCGCAGGUUACUUCCUUUAUUCAAAACGGUCGGCUGUAGAGCAACGAACUUCGAAUAAAGUUUAUCCAGAUGAUCCGACUGAAAAAGAUGAAAUUUUACGAGUAGUGCAUUUGGAUUUGAAAGGAGCUCCGCCUAAGAUGUCUUAUUUAAUCGAUCUCAUACCUAAGUUGAUACGUACAGGAGUGAAUGGUUUAUUAAUCGAAUACGAAGAUAUGUUUCCUUACUCGGGUAUACUUGAAAAUGUCACAUCGAAAACACCGUAUUCUGCACUGGAUGUUGAACGAUUCGUGAGAUACUGCUACGAACAAGGCAUCGAAGUUAUCCCAUUGAUUCAAACGUUCGCCCACAUGGAGCAUAUUUUAAAGCUGCCAGAUUUCAGCUUUCUGCGAGAAGAUUACCACGAUCCUCGUGUGAUUUGUCCUUCGAAUGUUCGUACGAUGGCAGUAAUCAAAGAAAUGAUCCACCAGAUCAAGAUGAUGCAUCCACACAGUAGAAAAAUUCACAUAGGGUGCGACGAAGUCACCACCAUCAACGUGUGCUCGUUAUGUGCGAAACAAUACAGAUCUAAUUGGAAUACUUUCCAUACUCAUGUGAAACAGGUUGCAUCAUUUAUCAAGAAAACUUACAACAAUCAGAUCAAGGUCCUAAUAUGGGACGAUAUGCUACGUUUUAGAGACUAUGACAUGAUAAAACACACAGAACUACAGGAUUACGUCGAUAUUGUAAUUUGGGAUUACACUGCACUACUCGAAGAACCAAUUCGUAAUAUGAUCUGGAACAAAUAUACCAGCAUAUUCCCCAGAAUCUGGGUAGCUGGAGCGUUCAAAGGAGCCGACGGUGCGAAAUCCAUGUUGCCCAAGAUGGAGACACGUUACAAGAAUCACAAAUCCUGGAUGGAGUUUCUCAAAUCCAAAUCCUCAUCGACCAAGAUAAUCGGUUUCAUUAGCACCGGUUGGUCCAGAUACGAUCACUUCGCAUCAUUAUGUGAACUGCUUCCGGCCUCGAUCCCGUCUCUGAUCCUGAAUACUCUGAAAAUAACCGAAGCUUUGUCUCAUUCGUCCUUCCAUGAUAUUGAAAAAGAAUACAACGAUUUGCUGCAGUGCUAUCUUCCGAAUGUUAAUAAGAACAACGCUAAGGCUGCACCAGUAUCUCGAUUCAAAGUAUACGAUAUUCUACACUCGUGGAGCCAUGUGGACAAGUGUUUUUUUCGGGAAGCACGUCUCAUAAGCAGUAUUGCUAAUCUGACUCAAAUUCAGGAUAAAAUUGACAAUUUGUACGAUGUUUUGUACGAGAAAAGUGGCUGGAUCGACGAGUACCAUUUGAAAAGUAACAUGAUGAAUACCAAAAUCGUCGCUCAACAUUUCCACGAUAAUUCCUUCAAAGAAACCAGUUUGUCGUUUUAUAAUAUUUACGGUAUACUGAAAAAAGAAUUGCUUCGUUACUAUAAUGCUAAUACCGUCGAAGAAUGGCUCGGAACGUACGUCGAACCUUUUUCAAGGAAAUUGGAGACUUUGAAGCGUGUGUUGGAUAAGACUGCUACGACUUUUGUUUGGCAAAGAAGAGAUCCUUGAGGGAUGAUUUGAGGUUAUAAUGUGACUGAGUAUUUUGACGAUGACAUUCCAGUAGUAGAUUAUUUAUUGAUUAGCCUAUAAGUACUCGAAUUAAUUGAAAUAGGUAUUAUGAGCAUUUGUGAUUUUUGAACUCAUCCGUCAGGUCAUAUUAAAAAUUGGUGUGAUCGUUUUCAUUACUCUUGGUGCUUCCUAUAAAUUUAAAUCGUCCUUAUGAAUGUUCCUGUUGAUGAUUUUAGAUUUAUUGUUUUCUUUUAUGAUACCCUUGUAGCGUUGGACUGUUCUUAUUUAUUUAUUCGAGUAUAGCGACAAGGGUCAGUAUUUAUUUUAUUUUUGAUCAGUUUUAUUUAAAUCUUCUUCGACUGAUAUUUUUAAUUUCAAUUGAUUUAUUUUUAUACCUCUGUGACGUAUAAUUGAAUACCUGUUUAUUUAUUUAUUCAUUUAUUUCUAUUCAUUUUAUUAAUUUAUUUCCCUUUUAUUUAUUUAUUUGUUUAUUUAUUUUUAUUCAUUUCAUUAAUUUAUUCCUCUCGCAAUUACUUAAUUUAUUAUUUUAUUCUAUUUAUGUAUUUAUUUAUAUUCACUUCAUUAAUUUAUUCCUUUCCCAAUCACUUAAUUUAUUAAUUAAUUUUCCUAUUUUCAAUUUUUUUACAGAAGUUUUUAAUAAAUUUAUCUAUAGACACUAAA